AUGGACGAGUACUCGUCGUCCGUCUGCUACAGCGAUUAUGAUGAUGCUGCUGUGACAGAUAAUUCACGAUCCUAUAGACCUUGCAGUCUCGAUGAAUUAGUAGCACGAACAAAAUUCGAUAAGAAAGAAAUUCAAGUUAUUUAUCAAGGUUUCAAACAAGAAUGUCCAUCGGGUAUUGUUAAUGAGCAAACAUUUAAAAAUAUUUUUGGGCAAUUUUUUCCAUUUGGUGAUACAUCAAAAUAUGCUCAUUUAAUAUUUUCAACAUUUGAUUUACGUUCAUCAGGUAUUGUAACAUUUGAAGAUUUUCUUAUUGGUUUAUCAACAUUAUGUCGUGGAACAAUUGAAGAUAGACUCAAAUGGGUAUUUAAAUUAUAUGAUACAAAAAAAACAGGAAGAUUAACAAAAGAUGAUUUUCAUGUGAUUGUUUGUGCUGUUUAUUCAUUACUUGACAAUAUAUCUAAUCAUUACAAUGAUUAUAUAACUAUUCAAGAACAUACAGCUACGGUCUUUCAAAAAUUUGACAAAUUACAUCAAGGAUAUAUAACUAUAGAAGAUUUUAUAAAGAUUUGUACGCAAGAUCCAAUCAUUGUUCAAUCGAUUGAAGCUUUACGUGGAGCUAUCUAA